AUGCCUCCUCCCAUUGAAGAUGUAUCCGACGAAGAAGUCGCCGACAUUCCUUACAGAAAUGGACCCGAAGCAAAUGGCAAAGACGACCGUGACUUCCAUGACUCCCGGGACGAAGGAGACGAAGAGGAGGAGGAUGAGGAUGAGGAUGAGGAAGAAGGACUCUACGUCGUCGAGGAUAUUACUGAUCACGCUUGGCUUGAUGAUGGAACCUUUAAGCUCUUCGUGAAAUGGAAGGGUUACGACAAGUUAGAAGACCAAACAUGGGAAGAGGAAAGUGGUCUCAUGGAUGGGGCCUCCGAUAUUGUCACAGCAUACUACGAGAGGAUCGGUGGUCGCCCGAAGAGGCCCGAAGAGCCACGCGUGGCAGGAAAGCCAGGUCGCAAGCGCAAAUCUAUGGGUGAUUCGAAGCCUGCUAAGCCUGCACCGGGCCCCGCAGCGAGCGAAGCCAAGAGAAAGCGCCGAAAAUCAGCACCCAAGGAGACAACCAGUCAAGCUUCCCACUCGUCCGAAGAAAAUGGCAUUCAAUGGCUUCCAAAGGGGAAGAACUGGGAUAAGGAAGUGAAAGCGGUGGAUACAAUUGUCCGGGAGGGCGAGGCAGGUCUCAUGGCGUGGCUCGAGUUCAACAAUGGACGCAAGGCGAAACUGUCCGUCCAGGCCUGCUAUGAAAAGUGUCCUCUGAAAAUGCUUAAGUUCUACGAAUCGCAUCUUGUCUUUAAGGAUAACUAA